AUGUCUAAGACUUUUGUUGUGGCACUUGCGGCCUUGACUGGUACUUCCUUGGCCAAGGACAUCUACGUCUCGCCUACUGGUACUGGUACCGGUUCUGCUACAGCACCCUAUGGCUCUAUUCAAUCUGCUGUAAAUGCCGCUGUUGCUGGAGACAACAUCCUCUUGCGGGCUGGUACCUACAAGCCCACCACCAACAUUCAAAUCACCAAGAGCGGUACCAGGAUCUCGCCGAUCACCUUCCGUUCUUUCGAGAAGGAAAAGGUCAUCAUUGACGGAGAGGGCCUGCCGGGCACUCCAUACGGACUCGACGAGUCUCUGCCCAACAAGGAGCGCGGUAUCUUGCACAUCGAGAAGGGCAAUUACUGGAAGUUCUAUAACCUUGAGCUUAUCAACGGUCCCUACGGCGUGUAUGCUCGCAACGCAUCGCACAACUACUACGAGUUGAUCACCACCCACGAUAACUACGAGACAGGCUUCCAGCUUGAAGGCGCAUCUUCAAACAAUACAGUCCUGUACCUCGACUCAUACCGCAACCGCGAUCCCCGCAAGAACGGCGAGAGUGCAGAUGGCUUUGCCUGCAAGUCUGGCGAGGGCGAGGGUAACGUUCUGCGCAACGCCAGACUGUGGGACAACGUCGAUGAUGGCCUCGACCUCUUCAUGUUUGGAUCCCCGGUGACACUGGAGGAAGUCUACGCUUGGGGUAACGGGUUCGAUCGAUGGGGUUUCUCCGACUUCAACGGCGACGGUAACGGCUUCAAGCUUGGCAUCACCGACAACCCACCUGCAAACCACAUUGUCCGCAACUCGAUAGCAUUCGCCAACGCAAAGAAGGGCUUUAUCGAUAAUGGCAACCCGGGCGUGCUGACCAUGGAGCGCAACACUGCAUGGAACAAUGGCGAUGUCGGCUUCAACUUCCGCAGCUCUUCUUCGACGCUCAAGAACAACAUCGCGGCUGUCAACAUGGGGACUGCUCAGGUCACUCUCGUCUCGACCGUCAAGGUGUCCGGCAAUUCGUGGCAGUCGGGAACCUGGUCCAACACCACCUUCAAGAGCGUUGACCCGGCCAAGCUGAAGGGUGCAAGAGGUUCUGAUGGCAGAGCCCCAGCGAGUGACUUUUUGAUUCCAACAUCUGGCGCAGCAAUUGGUGCUACUACCCAGACUGAUGUCUAG